GAAGCUUUUAAAGAAUCAAAAUGGCUGCUCUAUCAAGAGACGGUUUUCAUAGAGAUUCUGCCGCUUACUUGGACUAUUGUAGGAUCUUCGUCAGAAUGCAACAAAAGAUAUGGCUUCAGCAUUUCCGUCAUCAGCCAAGCGGUCCCGAACAGCAGCUGAAGCACCUUCCGUCAGGAAACAAGGGAAAGAAGUUAGCAUUCCGUGGGAGGAAAUUUGCCCAGCCUUAAUAAGUGAAUGGUUGGAUACAUUUAGUAAGGCCAACAACACUACAAGGGACAUUCUGCUGGCAAGUGUCCUGCCAACUGUGGCAUGCUUGAUGGGGCCCUCAACAGUCAAGGUUGACUGUAGAAUGCGCACAGAAAGUAUCAACCUCUACAUGAUCUGCUUGUGUGACCCAGGGGCAGGAAAGUCACCUGCCUUUCACCAUGGCUGUGCACAGCCGAUAAGGUUGCAUGUAGAGGCAAAGGAGGAUAACCCUUUAUUUGUUGACGAAUUUACUGAAGCUGGGCUAUUUCGUCAAUUGAAGUCAACACCUGGCCAUAAAGCUAUCAUUGGCAAGGAAGAGGUAUCACAGUUUUUUGACCAGCUACUUGGUGCUUCCAGGGAAAAGAGCCGCAUAGACAUGGAACGGAUGAUCCAGUUAUAUGAUGGAAGUACAUGGGUAUAUACACGGGCAGACAAGUCAGCACGUCAAGUCAUUGACAGUCCAGGAGUGUCAGUGAGUGGCUACAGUCAACCCAACCGCUUCUUUCCAAUUUAUGUCAAACUAAAGGAAAGGCAGGAUGGUGCAGUGGACAGAAUUCUCAUGUACCAGCCUUUGCCACAUCGUCUGGCAGCACAUGAAACUAAAGAGUAUAUCACCAAACUGAAUAAUUCGAAACUGAAAGAUCUCAGAGCUGUCUAUUCUGCCAUAUAUGAGUUCUCUCAUUCUGAAAAUGGCCUUGUAACGUACUCCCUAGACCAGGGUGGCAACAGAAAGUACGAGGAAUUUAUAGAUGGCAUCUCUGCAUCCCUUAAUAGUCAGUGGGCGAGAAACAUCUGCCCAGAAGAUGUUUCAAAAGAUGACAGGCACGUGCUGAGGCUGGCAGCUGUUCUCCAUGUGUUAUACGACCAGCUGACAAAAUUUCUCCAAGAAGAAGAGAAAUCACCACCACCACAAGUCAUCAGCUCAUUAACUAUUCAGAGGAGUAUAACACUGUGCCAGUAUUUUACAGCACAGAGGAGAAUCCUUGACCAGCUUGUGAAGUGCAAUACAGAGAAUGCCUCAAGUGACCACUAUGAACGGCAGAGGCGCAUCCUGCUAUGUAAAGGGCCUUUUGUGUCUACACGUCUGGCCCAGCGCAAUUUUAGUGGGAACGCGAGGCCAUCUGCUGAGGUUCUAAGUGGCACAAUGGAAAAUCUGGCAACAGAUGGAUUUGGCACUGUCGUAUCCGUCGACAGAAGCACCGUCUUCUACAAGAAGCUCCCGGCAGAUAUAAAUGAUGAAGACUUGGCCACAUAUGAGGUGACUAGGGAAAAAUACCUCCAAGCCUUUAAUGAGCGGGCAGACAAAUCCAUAAUUACAAAGGACCUAUUUAACAAAUUUCUCAACCAGUCACCACAUAAAGACCGCUUAAAGAAUGAGCACGAUAUCACACCAGAGGACAACUAGACAACUAGAAGUAAUGUAAGGGUACAUUCCUCUAGCUCAUUGCUAAGUAAUGCAGUUUAUCACCGUGCAAUUUUUCACUUCGGGUUUUUGUGACCAACAAUUUUUCAUACAUUUAUACUCAGGGAAGUUUGACAUUUCAUUUGCUGAUUUUUUUAUGGAAUAAGUGACACUUACCUCAAUUUCUGUUACUGACUUCAUUCAAUUUUCAACUUUUGGAACAUUGUUUUACAUAUUAUACAGGGCCAGCAACACAGUCCAAACAUGAAUAAACUACAGGCCUCAACAAUAUAAACUGGUUUACACAUUUUUACUCGAUUUUACCAGUAGCAUUUUUUGUGAUAAUUAUAAUUCGAUCCUGAUUUGACAAUGGUAUUACUAGUUUUUCAUCAAUUGAAAUAAUUUCCUACCCAUUGACAGUUGCUGCUGGUGUCUGAGGGGUAAAAAAUAUUGACCGGUAUAAAUCAUUCAGUCUGCAUAUAAGCCCAUUCUACUUGUAAAAAAUGUUGAAAAUGUGUACAAGACUUGAAAUGUAAAAAAAAAAACCAAACAAACAAAAAAAAAACAAGCCGACUGGCUGAUGCAGUGAAAAGCUAAUAAUUAUUAUAGUGCCUGUUGACAAAAAUAUGAUAAAAUUAAUACAGCUGGUGGCUUUGAAGAUUUUGGAAGCAUUUCUAGUGUGAAAUAUUUUCCCUGUGGUUUAUUCAUGUGUAGGCAGGCCAUUGUUACUGCAAUAAAAAAACCUCCAGUUACCUUGACCAUUAUAAUGAAAAUGGCUCUUCUUUUUUUGGAAUUAUUUUUUAAUUGGAGUUCAUGUGACAGAUGAGCAGUCUAUUGCCAUCAAUGACUGAGUGACCCUCUGAGACAAAUGAAUAUUUAGCAAAUCGUUUAGAAUAUGAGGAAAUAGUGAGGUGAGAUACAGAAAAUGUGAAUAAUAUGUAUGUUUUUGGUCUCAAAGUAUUUUGGGUUUGCAUUACCCUAGAAGUUCCAGGGAAUGUUUGCAAGUUAAAAAAAUGGUUCUUCCAAGAAAUUUAUCCUUCCAGAGAAAGUACUAGAAGGCUUCCUGUUUUUUUAACUCUAAUAAAUUAUUAUUGAAUUGAAUUGAAAAAACAGUGCUAAGUGAUCUGAGUACGAUAAAUUUUGUUUCAGUUACAUGAAAGAGGAUUUGAGUUAAUGUGAUUUUAUUUACUGUUCUUGUUUCUUAAUAACCAUAUAAUAAUUGGGUGAUAAGUGCUUUCAGUUAGUUUUGUUGGUUAAGAGGAGAACUAACCCUUCCUUGCCCCCUUUGAGAUGUACUACCCUAAAAUAUCUCAUAGUUAGUUAGACGAGGAAAACUUCAUUUCAAACAUAUUUUUUCACCUUAAAAAAAGUAAGCAGUAGUUGUAAGUGAUAGUGAGUGGGAUAACCUUUUAUACUCAUUUUUUAUUGAAAACAAACAAACAAAAGGAAGCUAUCCAAAGCAAGUAUUAAACUAGCAGAUCUGUUUUAUCCAAUCCUGUAGUGAAUUGUGUACAAAUCUAGGUCGUCCAGUUGAAAUUUCCUUUGUUUUCCUUUUUCCCACUGUUACG